UAUAAAUCGCGAUAUAGCUGAUAAUUUCAAUCAAUUUGAAAUUAUUUCAUUAAAUAAGUUAAAUGCUUGUGCCAAUGAAUUUAGUUGAAAACAUUCGCCAUGUCCACAGUGCAGUGUCGGACACAUUCGACAGAAUUAGAGUGUAAAGAAAACGUAGAGUCGAAUUGGCUGAACGAGGCUCUCUUAACACGUCUGCUACAGCAAAAUAUAAAAGGUUUUCACAAAAUCUUAAAAUUCAAUUGCCAAUGGAGAACCCCGCGGAAUUUUUCUUGCUCCAUAACAAUCGAAAUUCAGUUAGAAGAUGGAAAAUUACGAACAGGCCAAUAUGUGCUCAAGGCACAACCGUCAGCGAAAGUAAAGUGUUCAGACGCAUUAAGUAGAGAAUUUUACAUGUAUACCGAGUUGACGCCUGCCUUUGAGCAACUCUAUGCUGACGUUUUUAAAGAGGUUAAAUUUUCACAAAUUGCGCAAUCAUUUUCUCAGGAAUUCAAUGAAGGUUCCAUAAAAGAAUGUAUCCUAUUAGAAGAUGCACUUUCAAAAGGUUAUCGGAAUGCCAGCAACCCCGAAGGGCUUGAUGUUACGCACAUUGAAUAUGCUUUGAAAAAACUGGCUACAUUCCAUGCAGCAUCUGCUGUUUAUGCAUCCAACCAUCACGUCGCUUUAUUUAGAGAGUUUAGACAACGUUUUCAAACUAGCACUUCUGUCCAGCACCAUGGAAGCGCGUUGCUCAUUGAGCGUGAUGUUGUACUAAAUCGUAAAUUUAUUGAAGGACUUCGCUUUUAUGACAUGCGUGAAUAUCAGGAUAAGAUAAGGUCUUUUGCAAAAGCCCUCCAGCGUCAAAAGCAGUUACGCGCUACUUGUGAUGUCAGCGAAUUCAAUGUUCUCUUGUAUGGCAAUUGUUGGCCAAAUAAUUUUCUCUACAGCUACGAUGCUUUCGGCAAAAUAAAAGAUGUGCUGUUCACUAAUUUCAGCAACUGUCAGUGGGGCUCACCUGCGAUUGAUUUGCUCGCGUUGCUACUAUCAGCGCCUUGCUUGGCAAAUAAGUUAAGCAAAUUUGAUUACUUCGUUAAGGUAUAUCAUGAUGAGUUGUGCCUCAACUUGAAGUUAUUGGAGUAUAACAAAGACCCUCCGAAGUUAACGGACCUACAUCUGGCCAUAUUAAAGUUCUAUUGGUGGGGUUUUGAAGUGAUCGAAAAAAUAUUGCCAGCUGUGCUGUUGUCGUUUGGCGUUAGCGAGUUCCACUUAAAUGAAAUCCUAAUACGCAACCAUGAGCUAAAUACGGUAUUUAUCAAUGAAGCUUAUGCGAAUCCCCGAUAUGCCAGGGAAAUUGCUUUGAUUUUACCGUGGAUGGAAAACCGAGGCUUCCUGGAGGCAUGACAGCGAUUAAAUUAUGCGGCAUUUGGCUGACUUCUGACUUGUAACUCUGACCAUACAUUAUAUGAACAUAUAAAAAUACAUACGUAUAUCACAAUCAUGAAGUAAAAA